AUGAAUAAUGCUAUAGCUGUUAUUUUUGCUGUCAUCUAUGGCCUCUUCGUCACUGUUGUUGAUGCGUAUAUUAUAGCAUUCUGGAACUUAGCCAAUGUGAUUUCCGUUCUUGAACCAAAUGCUCAUGGUUUAUCAGCCAUGAAAAGAAGUAAACAACUAUUACGUGGGAAAACUGCUGCUGCUGCUGCAUUAUUUGUAUCAGUCUACUCGGUUGCUGUUUCGGUAAUUCUAUUAAUUGAAAACUUGGCUAUGGACAUGGACUAUGACAUUCAUACCAUAGCUAGGAUUUUGCUGUUGGCAUUCUCUGUGAUCAUAAUGACUGGAGCAAAAUUCGUUGGGUUGAUUGGCCAAAGUUCUGUAUUAUACUUGCAAGAGUUACAGUUAUCAAGUGAUCCAUCACGAGGUUUUGGAUGCGCAUCUUGA